UGAAGGUAAUGAGGAGAGAGAAGAAGUGAGUGAAUCUGAGGAGAAGAAACCUUACAAGUGUUCACACUGUGGCAAGAGAUUCAGUCGGUCAUCAAGUCUGAAACUACAUGAGAGGAUUCACACUGGAGAGAAACCGCACACAUGUGAUCAGUGCGGAAAAGAGUUUCACGAUAAAAGCAAACCUUACAUCACACAUGAGAGUUCAUACUGGAGAGAAACCAUUCACUUGUGAUCAGUGCGGGAAGAGUUUCUCACACUCAUCAACUCUUAAGUUACACAUGAACAUCCACACUAGAGAGAAACUGUACACAUGUGAUCAGUGUGACAAAAAAUGUUUGAGGGCUUCAGAACUGAAGAGACACCUGAGAGUUCAUACAAAGGAGAAACCACAUUCAUGUCAUUUGUGUGGAAAGAGUUUUUCGUGUCCAGAACAUUUAAAAUGGCAUCAGAAAAUACAUGCUGCUGUGAGAGAUUACAUGUGCUUUGAGUGUGAAAAGACUUUUACUACAGCGGGCCGUUUAAAACUGCAUGAGAGGAUUCACACUGGAGAGAAACCUUACAAGUGUUCACACUGUGACAAGAGAUUCAGUCGGUCAGGACACCUGAAAACACAUGAGAGGAUUCACACUGGAGAGAAACCUUACAAUUGUUCACACUGUGACGAGAGAUUUAAUCAGUCAGGAGACCUGAAAACACAUGAGAUGAUCCACACUGGAGAGAAACCUUACAAGUGUUCACACUGUGACAAGAAAUUCAGUGUGUCAUCAAGUCUGAAACUACAUGAGAGGAUUCACACUGGAGAGAAACCUUACAAGUGUUCACACUGUGACAAGAGAUUCAGUCGGUCAGGACACCUGAAAACACAUGAGAUGACCCACACUGGAGAGAAACCUUACAAGUGUUCACACUGUGACAAGAAAUUCAGUGUGUCAUCAAGUCUGAAACUACAUGAGAGGAUCCACACUGGAGAGAAACUGCACACAUGUGAUCAAUGCGGGAAGAGUUUCACGAUAAAAGCAAACCUUACAUCACACAUGAGAGUUCAUACUGGAGAGAAACCAUUCACUUGUGAUCAGUGCGGAAAGAGUUUCUCACAAUCAGCAAACCUUCAGCUACACAUGAACAUCCACACUAGAGAGAAGCUGUAUACAUGUGAUCAGUGUGACAAAAAAUGUUUGAGUGCUCCAGAACUGAAGAGACACCUGAGAGUUAAUACAAAGGAGAAACCACAUUCAUUUGAUCGUCCAGACUCUCGUAAUGACCCAGCUGAUCUUAUCUCCCAGAGUCAUGUCACGUCCCAGUUGAUCAUUCAGAGUCACUUCACAUCACAGCUGAUCAUCCAGUUUCGUCUUGACACAACUGAUCAUCCAGAGUCACGUCACGUUACAGCUGAUGUCCAGAGUCUCGACACAUCACAGUUGAUCGUCCAGAGUCAUCUGGUCAUCCAGAGACUCAUCACAUCACAGCUGAUCAUCCAGCGUCACGUCAGGUCACAGCUGAUUGUCCAGAGUCACAUAACGUCCCAGUUGAUCCUCCAGAGUCACGUCUCAGCUGAUCUUCCAGAGCCUCGUACGACAACUGAUCGUCCAGAGGCACGUAAUGUCCCAGUUGAUCAUCCAGAGUCACUUCAGGUCACAGCUGAUCAUCCAGAGUCUCGUAAUGUCCCAGCUGGUCAUCCAGACUCACGUAAUGUCACAGUUGAUCGUCCAGAGUCACUUCAGGUCGCAGCUGACAUCCAGAGUCACGUAACAUUCUAG